AUGUCUUAUUCCACGACCAUUGCAUGUCAAUGCAAUCACUUUUAUUUACGCCAAUGUUCCCUUUGCAUCACGGACUCGGACGUCGAGAUACCCACUAUAAAAGACGCAUGGUCUCCUCAAUGGCUACUAAAAUCCUUUGAUAAUGAAGAUGACAACAAGGGUGCCGCCGCCAAAAUGUUGCGAUACAGGAUUAAACUGAUGCUUUACACCCUGAGUUCUACGCGUUUUGGCAAUUACAAACUACCAUGUCCAGAAUUACCGCCUAUAGUGCGACCAUUUCGGUGGCUAAUCUCAUAUCACGUUCUCCCCAAAGGAUAUCGUUUCACCAAUCAGUAUCAAACUCCGCCAUGGCGUAUGCUCUUGCGGUGCCUUCUCAUCGACCUCCCCUCACAAUUGGCUUCUCCAAAUCAUCUGCUAGAUAUAAAGUCGUGGAAACAAUAUCCAUUAGGGGGGAAGAACAAAGUUUAUGAUUAUACAGAAGAAAAUCCGUAUAAUAUCACAUGCGGGAAACGAGUCGUCUUUUCGAAGCAAACGAAUGGCUCAAAGCCGGUCCUCCGUGGAGAUUGGCUUUUUGUGGCCUAUCUGUGGUCCGCUGAUCGGUCAUGGGUAGAGCAUAUUAAUGUUGCAGACUUGCUUAAUUUUGCAAAGCCAUUUUGUAUUCAAGGAUGGGAAUGGGCUGAUACAGUUGGCGCAUCUGCCGACAAACCAAUUUUAUUCCAUGAAUUAAAGACAAGGGAAGAGAAUUACGAAUGGGAAGAUUACGGUGUGCCUUUGAUAGGCAGAUCAAUCCCCAAUUCACGAGAAAGAGUGUCUGAACUGCGCCGUCUUGUGAACCUUCACGCUAGUGACCUCCUUUAA